AUGAAUAUAGGUUUGGGACAACAGAAACACUUCCUCAGCUACAAGUUUACAGCCGAUUGCAAAGCAAACACACACCCUGUGUUCAAAGCUGUGUGUGUGUGUGAUGGCAGAGAGAUUGCUCAAUACAGUAAUGAAGAAAGAGUCUGGAUAAGAUCGAGUCUGACUGCAGAUGACUGGAUCAAAGCUCCUGCAGAACCACCUGAGUCUAGAGAGUGGUUCAUGCAUCAGUUAAACACGCUGUCAAACUGCUCAGACUCACAGUGUUCUGAGCUCCAUGUUCUUCAGAGAAUAACUGGUUGUGAACUGGAGAAACAUUCUGAUGGAACAGUGAAGAGUCUGACUGUCUUUGAUGAAUAUGGAUUUGAUGGAGAGGAUUUCAUUGUCUUUAAUUCUGACGCUCUGCAGUGGAUUGAUAAAAACCCCAAAGCUAAAGAAACUCAAAUGAAAUGGGAUCAGCAAACAGAACGAAACCAACUCCUGCAGCAUUACCUCAAGACCUGCAUACACUGGAUCUCCACAUGUAAUAACACUAAAAAGA